CUUAUAUAAUUUUUUUUCUAUUUUAAGAGGAAAUCCUCAUUCGAGAAACAACGAUAUAAAUUGUGCCGCAUUAAGUUUUGCUUUCAGAUCCUCCUCUGCAACACCAAUGGCUGAAGGAGAAGAGGACGACGACUACAUGGGCGACAUCUCCCUCUUUCUCCCACCCGAAGACUCCUCUUCAUCAAAAAAGAAAUUUAUCUCGAAGCCAAACGAACCUCCCUUUGCCCCAAAGCUAAAGCGGCCUAAGACCCUAUCCUGGCAGGAGCAUCGGAAAUUUGAAAAGGAGCGGAAGCAGCGCGAGGAGGACGAGCAGACCAAGGCCCGCCUCGAUGCCUCGAUCCCAGAAUCUAACCUAGGGUUUCGAAUGCUGCGACAGAUGGGGUACAAGCCAGGCACCGCGUUGGGGAAAGAGGGUUGCGGUAUGGCGGAACCCGUUGGGCUUUAUAUCCGGCGAUCGAGGGCCGGGAUUGGUAGGGAGACGCCAGAGGAAGCGGCGUCGAGGAAGGAGACGGAAGCGGCGGAGAUGGUGAGGGUGAGAGAGGAGAAUAUGAUGGCGGAGUUUGGGUCGAGGCAGAGAACGCAGUGGAGGGAGAAGAAGGUUGUUGGUGAUUACCGAAAGGCAGAGGCUGCGCUGGCGCAGCUGGAGAACAAGGAGGUUUUGGAGGCUAAGAAAGAUGAGGAGGGUGGGGACGAAAAAUCCGAUGAGGCAGAGGAGGAAGUGGUGAUAACAGAAGAGGAUCUGCGUGAGAUACUGAUAAAGCUAAGGGAAGAGCAGUACUAUUGCCUAUACUGUGGAUUUCAGUAUGAAUCAGAAGCAGCACUCCAGUCUUCUUGUCCUGGACUCCAUGAAGAGGACCACUGAAUCAGGUUGCUUUUAGCAUUCGAAUCUGCCAGCAAGCAACCCCCCUGGGUGGCAAUCAAAGGCAGGUUUUGAUUUUAUGAUCGAAAUUGUAUGCAAGGCUGGAUCAGAGGGUCAAGAAAAUAUUUAAUUAGCCAACUUCAGCUCCUCAGAAUUCAUGAAGAAAGAAUAUCAAAGUGCCAUUCAAUCAUCUAAGCUCCUAAUCAACAGUUUAACCAUGGACCUCCAUGAAAGCCCGCAGUGCUAGAAAGUUGAGUUUUUAUGUCUUCAAUUCACAAUUUAAGCUUGCAAUUUUGUUUCUGUAGAAAGGAACAUGAUUUUUGAUUAGCAUAUAAUUCAUGCAACAUCGAAAUUUGUAUUCAUUAUUUGCGCUGAUGUAUAAGAUAUAGUACUGCCUUGUAAUGACAGUUGUAAAAAAUUUUCAUUUUCACAGUGCAAUCAGUGCACCUGCGUCAUUUCAAAUUUCAAAUAGUUUUUCAAGCC